AUAUGGGUAUGCAAUUCGCGUUUCCGAUAACGAGAAGGGCUUUAACUUUCACCGGCCCUGUCCUCCAGGCUAUAUCCACAAGGAUACUCUGUUACAUGUACCGGUACCCCGACCUGUUCCCAAACGGCCUGGCUUGUGGGACUCCCACGAUGGAGAGGCAAGCGUCACAAGAGAACCCACACCUGCGCCUACUCGAACCGUCACAGAUCGACCCAGCUCUAUGGCGCCGACAACGGCUACACCCACUGUUGGUACCAGCACACUUCUGCCCACAACCGCAACAACCACUGCUACUCCCACAGUGGCGACAACAACUGCGACACCUACUGUCCAGCCAACCAUUCCCGUCGCAAUGGACAAUACCAACAACCCAACAAAAAUGGUUCCGACUAUCGCGCCGAGUAUUGAAACGUCCGGAUUUCCUUCAAGUUUAUUUCCUUCAAAUUUUUUUUCAUCGUCCUUGUUUAUCACUACCAAAGCAACUGGUGAUCGGGCCAUUGGCGAUUGCUACUUUGUGGACGUGCAGCAAAUCUGCAAUUUCAUCAAACCACCCCCCUGCCACGAAUACAUCAUGAUGUUUACCUACUACAAUGGGGGAUUCUAUCGAGACCCAAACAACCCUGAAAGCGAGGAUUGGAUGGAUUCGGGCGAGUCCGAAACAAUCUACGAAGUGGUGACAGUUACCGGAAUUGUGGAUUGUGAAAACGAAGAGACCACUCCCGACACGUGUACCAUUGCGGUGCAAAACCGAGGCACGUGUAACGAAUGCCGCUACGAUCGCGAGACCAAGCUCUAUUCGCUCGUGGAUUGCAGCAAUCUGCCUGGGGUCAUCUUUGAACAAGGAGUGGAACAGUCCUAUCAGUAUUACGAUGAUGGGGCCCUUCCACCCUAUGAACACCAGUUCUUUACGUUGGAGUUUGAUCAGGAAAGGUGUGACGAAUACGCUUUGCCAGAAGGAUAGUCGGAAAUUUUAUUUUGGCUGAUAAACACAGAUUCUUGAUUCGAUAUUGGACCGCAAACAAAGAAGAAGCAACCUUUUUUCUUUAUCAACGUCUUUACCACGUGUUGACCCAAACCUAGAAGGGACAACACAAGGCCAAAACGGAGAUUUGCAACUCAACGAUUGACUUGCUGAUCCUGUCAGGUGCUGGCCCGUGACCCCAAGCUCACUGCAUUCCAAUAUUUUAACUGACGAGACGGCAUUGGACGCGAAGGACUGGGAGGAAUAUUGAUUGCUGUUCUUGAUGUCGUUGAAUUGUCCUCCAAAGUUGAAGCAAAUUGUCAAGAGCUCAACAAAUAUGGUGAUGGGGUAAAAAUGGAGCUGGGCUUGUGCGCGAAUAACAAGUAGUUCAUUUCUUGGAGGGUACCGGUAUGGGAUCGGCUGAACUGUUGCAAGGGUCGCAAGGUGGAUGAAGAACUGUUGAUAGCAGUGGCCAUCGUGCGCACGGAAAAGGAGUCAAUCACCGAAAUGACAGAUUGAAGUGUAACCAGCCAGUGUGUUUGGCAAGAUGUGGCUGGUUCAACUGUUGAUAUGGCUGGUUCGGCUACCAUUUCUUCCUUGGAUACGCCCAGAAAAACGAUGAUUGAGUUGUAGGGAAGCAACACUAACAAGACCCUUUUACCUUUUUACCGAGCUACUAGCAGUAGACUACAUUGCUGCACGGGACGCUUGCUGCUGCUGGUUUCCUUGCACAGGAGCUUGUCAACAGAAAGGGAAUCAUUGAGAACCUUCUCAACCAAGCCAGAUGGUCUGGGAGCAGCUGAAACUUCGCUCGGAACUAUGUAAAUACGACAGCCAACAAUUGAACAUAGCAUUUAACUAAGCAAAUUGAACAUAAAGAAAUACUAGUGCUGAUAGAACAGGGU